UCACCUAUCCCACUCAAAGACACAACGUGAAUUCUCCCUGAUGUGGUGCUGAUAUACCCAGCAACCUCCUCCUGUCACCUCUUCUCCCCAUCCAUCCAUCCAUCCAUCCAUCCAUCCAUCCAUCCAUCCAUCCAUCCAUCCAUCCAUCCAUCCCCUAUCCCACUCAAAGACACAGCGUGAGUUCUCCCAUUCCCUCUCCAUCUCUCUCUAUGGCCCACCAGUACGAGCCCUGGGCCAGGACAGCACCCACUGCUGGCCCCGGCGGCGGCGGUGGCAGCGCAGCUGACGACAUGAACGUCUCCCCGUGGUGGGACCUCCACCCGGCGGCCAGCACGUGGAUGGACCUGACCGGAAGCCCCGGCGUGGGCAUGGCCGGCCUCACCGGCAUGACCCAGAGCAGCUCCCUCGGCCUCCAGUCGGCCCUGGGGCCCUACUGCACCGAGGCCCAGCUGUGCAGCCUGGCACCGCCACCACCACCCUCGGCCCCUGCCCAGAUCAGCCUGUCCCCGCACCACCACCACAGCCACCACCACAGCCACCACCCGCACCACUUCCCUCAGGACGGCUUCAAGAUGGAGCCGCUGGGCACCGCGGAGCUUCUCCUGUCGCAUCAACACCACCAGCAGCAGCAACAGCAGCAGCAGCAGCAGCAGCAGCAGCAGCAGGUGUACACCUUGGAGGAACCGCAAGAGAGCACCACGUCCGUGCCGCGACCCAAGUCUCAGCGCCGGUCGGGGUCUCGGGCGUCGGGCCAGGCCGCGUGUCGAUGCCCGAACUGCGUCCACGCCGAGCAGCUAGAAACGGCUAGUGGUGGAGGUGGUGAGGACGGCCGGGGGCAGCGCAAGUGGCUCCACAACUGCCACAUCCCGGGCUGCGGCAAGGCCUACGCCAAGACGUCGCACCUCAAGGCGCACCUGCGCUGGCACUCGGGCGACCGGCCAUUCGUCUGCAACUGGCUGUUCUGCGGCAAGCGCUUCACGCGCGCCGACGAGCUCCAGAAGCACAUGCAGUCGCACACGGGCGCCAAGAAGUUCAGCUGCGCCGUCUGCGCGCGCGUCUUCAUGCGCAGCGACCACCUGACCAAACACAUGCGCACCCACGACUCCACGGCAGCAGGUGGCGCUACUACCAGAGAGGACCAACAACGGGCCAACGGAGGGGAAGGGGCAGCGCUAGGAGGCGGCGGGGCCAAGCCCUACGAUUCGGCCCUGGGGCUCCCGCCCUCUCCACUGGGGGCGGCCACUACGGAGGGGGCGGAGGUGGUCGUGCCUCCUCGGAAGAUGAAGACAGAGCCGACCGACGCCAACCUGACCGUCAUGGUGGGUCAGGCGGGAAAGCUGAGCUAACUACUGUUGUAGCUAACACACUUCAGGACCUACACCACUCGGCAGGACAGAACGUUGUGCCUUAGCAGCUUAUACUUUUUAUAGUGUUCAUGGACUUGACGUUGCUCGGAAAGGACGGGACUAUGGGUGUUUGUAUGGCAGUUUGUUUAAUAUUUAUAAUAUUGUCACGUUGUCGACGUGGCACCACGUUUUAGGCAGGCCGGUAAUCUGAGCUAACUAGCUCACUGGCCACAUAGCUCAGGACAUGACUCGUGAGUUCGUAGCCGUUUUUUUAUGUUAUUGUGCCCUGAACUGAACGAUGACUUUGAGUUUCAGCAAUCAGAACUCUACAGGUGUUUGGUACAUUACAGUACAGUAGGCUGAGAGACAAUCCACACGUAUUCCAUGAACUUUAGACCAGGCAUGCAAGUAGUUGCACAUGGGAUGCUUUAUUUAGAAGGCAGGACCCCGUUUCUCAAAAGCAUGGUUGCAAACCAAUUAGGUCCUACGGUGUUGUCGUAUCGUAUCAAUGCAUCUGUUUAUAUGCAUCGCUUACGGUAGGGACACAUACACGCGAAUUUGCGAACUUCGCCAUUCGUUCCUAUGAGAGAGGCGAAGGCAAGCGAAAGCAAGCGAACAGGAGCGAAGCGAAGCGAAAUUAUUAUAGAAAGUUUAAUGUUAUGCAAAUGAGGAGCGAAUUCGCCUGCCGUGGCCCAAUCAAAUCAACAACAUAACUGUUCCACUCCAUUUGAUUCGCCGUGACGACCUGAUGACGGUUCGAUUUCACCUCUGUUCGCUUUGCUUGCUUCGCCUCAUAUGUGUCCCUACCGUUAGCCGUAAGGUAAAUGUCUCUGAUGAUAAGUGCAGAGAUCAG